AUUUCGUCCGCUCAUCCGUCCACAUCCACUUGCGUUUUUUGCGCCCUGCGAGCGGGAGAGCAGCAAUGUGAAACGGGAGCACAACAAAUACCGCCCACUACCACUACCAAUUCCCAUAUUCCCAUAUUCCCAUAUUCCAUGCUACUCCCAGCUCAGUUCGUGUCGUGUGAUCAAAGCUUUCGGUAAGGCUUCGGCUCGGCUUUGUGUAUCCACCUUAGGGGCUCUCUGCGGCGCUCGUUCUGCCUCUCACUCUCUCCCUCUCUCUCGUUUUUGGGGCUCAGCUCAGGGACAACAAAUGCGGUAAAAUGGCUUCUGCGUCGACGUCGACAUCCCUGCCGUUUCAGUUCUGAUUGGAGGUUCGUGCGCGGCGUUUCCUCAGCUGAUUUCGUUGCCUUUUGCCUUUUCGCAAUCCGCUUUCGGCUCCGUGUUCGCCUCGGUUGCCAAUUACGUGUAACCAACAACAACAGAAGAAACAGAAACAACAACAACAAGUGCUCUCGAGUGUUGCAAGCCUUCUUCCGCCGAAGAAACCGCAAAACGGAUUACCAAGAAUCUACGUAGAAUUGCACGCUCUGGAAUAUAUGUUUUAGCAGCUGUCAGGCCCCAAGGAGUAAGAAUCCCAGCCCAGGACAACGAAAGGACCUUUGAUGCACGCAGGGCUCCCAAACCGCCCCACUUGCAUGAGGACAUAGACCGCGAUCACACACUCACUCGCACAUCGCUUAGUGACGCAACCACAGCCUCCCAAUGAAGAUGGCAUCUCAACGCUUCUGCCUGCGGUGGAACAACCACCAGAGCAACCUCCUGUCCGUCUUCGACCAGCUGUUGCACGCAGAAACCUUCACAGAUGUGACGCUGGCCGUCGAGGGGCAAUACCUGAAGGCACACAAGAUGGUGCUAUCCGCCUGCAGUCCCUACUUCAAUGCGCUCUUUGUAAAUCAUCCGGAAAAGCACCCGAUUGUCAUACUUAAGGAUGUGCCCUACUCGGACAUGAAGUCGUUGCUAGACUUCAUGUACAGGGGCGAGGUCUCAGUGGACCAGGAGCGACUCACUGCAUUCCUGCGCGUGGCCGAGAGCCUGCGCAUCAAGGGCCUCACCGAGGUCAACGACGACAAGCCCUCGCCGGCAGCAGCAGCUACAGGAGCGGGCGCGGCGGGCUCUGAGAGCACACCCACUCCUCCCCAGCUGCAGCGCAUCCAGCCGUAUCUGGUGCCCCAGCGAAAUCGCUCGCAGGCCGGCGGUCUGCUGGCCAGUGCCGCCAACGCCGGAAACACGCCCACCCUGCCGGUGCAGCCAUCGCUGCUCAGCUCGGCCCUGAUGCCUAAGCGAAAGAGGGGCAGACCACGGAAGCUAUCUGGCAGCUCGAAUGGCACGGGGAACGACUACGACGACUUCGAUCGCGAGAACAUGAUGAACGACUCCUCCGAUCUAGGCAACGGCAAACUGGGCAACGAGUCCUACUCCGGCAAUGACGAUGGCUCCGACGACAACCAGCCGACUGCGGGACACACGGAUGAUCUAAAUGAAAGUCGCGACUCUCUGCCCUCGAAACGAUCAAAGAACUCAAAGGAUCACCGCGUAGUGAGCCACCAUGAAGACAACAGCACUUCCGACGGAAACGACAGCGACGGCGAAGGUCUGGACACAUCAUAUAUGGAACCCCAACUUAUGCUGGACGAAUAUGACGAGCCCGUAGAGUUCAAGUACAACCCGCUCACCGACAACAGCUCACCCACGCAGGACCAAACGGAUGGCAGCCACCUCAACGAGCAGGCGCGCCAACAAGCCUUCCUCAUCGCUGCCCAACGGAAACACCAGGCGGAUACAGCAGCAGCGGCGGCAGCGGGCGGCGGACUCAAGCUUAAUAUUAUCGGAAUGGCGGCUGGUGGGGCGCAGGUGAAAAGCAUGGUCAGCAUACCCAAACUGACGCCCAUUGGCAAGGUCAACGCCGCCUCCACGCCACUGGUCUCGCCUGCCGGCUCCUUUUCCACGGCCUCGGUCAAGCCGCGCGUCCAGAAGCGGCCAAAACUGGCCAAACAGAACGGCGAUGUAAAGCCGGCUGUGUUCUCCAGCCAGGAAUACCUCGACAUUUACAACAGCAACGACGGAUUCAAGUUAAAGGCCGCUGGUCUGAGCGGAAGCACGCCGAACCUGAGUGCUGGACUGGGAACUCCCUCCGUGAAGACCAAGCUGAAUCUAAGCAGCAACGUGGGCGAGGGCGAGGCGGAGGGCUCAGUGAGGGACUACUGCACCAAAGAGGGCGAGCAUACGUACCGCUGCAAAGUCUGCUCCCGCGUCUACACGCACAUCAGCAACUUCUGCCGGCACUAUGUUACCUCCCACAAGCGAAAUGUGAAAGUGUACCCGUGUCCCUUCUGCUUUAAGGAGUUUACGCGCAAGGACAACAUGACGGCGCACGUGAAAAUCAUCCACAAGAUCGAAAAUCCCUCGACGGCGUUGGCCACCGUGGCGGCAGCGAAUUUAGCAGGCCAGCCACUGGGAAUUUCGGGUUCCUCGACGCCUCCGCCGCCGGAUCUGAGUGGCCAGAACUCAAAUCAGUCGCUGCCAGCCACUGGCAAUGCGCUAUCCACCUCCUCCUCCUCGUCGACGUCCUCGUCCAGCGGAUCCCUGGGUCCGAUGACGGCCUCCUCAGCACCGCCAGCACCAGCAGCUGCGGCGCAGUAAUCUCUAGACACCUCACACCAAGCCCAAAAAAGCACACACUCAAAGAAAUAGUGAAGGUUGAGGCACCCGCUAACGAUUGGAUGAAGCAUGUUGCAGCGCCAGGCGCUCGGAUUUUUUCGGGAUUUUGUUGUUGUUGGGGGGAGGGAAGUUAAAGUAGAUUUUUGUUGAUUUUGUUUUUAGUUUUUUACUUGGCUUCGAUGGAGCUGCAGAAAUCUCCAAGCCAGCAGACGUUUUUAUGUUGUGCAAUUUACCUUUUCAGUUACCAUUACAAUUACACUUAUUUUCUAAAGCCCUUUUCAAAGACCCGAUGAGAACACAAUGCUAAUUUAAUCCUACCAACUACCCUUAAGAUUUACCAUUAUUAUUUAUCCCCGGUCGCCGACCACUUGUCGAUCGUUUUUUAUUAGCGCGUAGUCAAAGGCCCAAAAUCAAGUAGGUUUUGUGGCUGACACAUUUCAAACCCAUCCAUUAGGGGUUGCCUUUUUAUUGGACACCAGAGCGGCCUUAUAUGCGAAGUGUAUGAGUGUAUCCGGGCAAGAGUUACACUAAAAACCGAAACUAAACCUGCACUUUUAGAUAAUUAAACUAUAUAUACACACACGGAUAUGUUAUACAUAAUUAUAUAAAUAAUAUAUAUAAACAUUGAAUGGUAUGUCUAGCUGUAGUUCUAUUAAUUAAUUUAUCAAUAUCACUAUGUUCGAUAUGCUAAUGUUAAUGCUAUACAAUUAUUACAAGCCGAAAUCUGAGAAACAGAAACAGGAGCAGGAGAAUCAAUGUAAUGUUAAUCAUGCGAGAGGGAGCGCUGAUCUACCUUGUUGCCUUCAAAUGAAGCUAGUUAAAAGUUAAUCCCGGGUCUGGGUCAAGGUCGUUGGGCCCCCAGCACCCGUCCACACCCCUCAACACACCCUCAAAACACCCCGCUCACCCACACCGUUCCCCCCCGUAACAUCCGAAACCCGGCGAAAGAUUGAAAAUGUUUCGCCGGGCUCGUCGAUAAAGUGUAACUACAGAUAGUAACAGCAACCAUAGUUGUAAUGAUAACGCUAAUAUUAAUGAGCAUAAAGUAAACCUAAUUUAUCUAUCAAACGAUUUAUGUUGUAUAUCGGAGGCUUAAAUUAUCGCCAAAGAAAAUGAAAAUCAAAAACAAAACAAAACAAAAAGGAAACAAAACAAAACAAAAAGCAGUUGAAAUCCAACAGUAGCAACACAGAGCAGUCGCAGCAGACCACAGAAAACAGAGUGUAAAAUUGCAAGAUAUUGUUGUUAAUGCGAAACGAUCUCCAAACAAAAUAAAGAACUUGAAAAGUAGACAACACGUAAUUCCUCAGUCAAGUAAAACGUUCAAAUUUGUUGCAAUUCGAGAACUAAGAGACAUGAGAAACAUUCAAAAAAUUAUUAUAAUAAUAGCUGCAAACAACUGACAGAAACAGAAACAGAAAACAAAUUGAAACAAAAUUAAGCGCAAUCAAAUAAUAAACAAGCUGCGUACGCUAACUUAUUAAAUAAUUUUGUUUUUAAUUCUUUAUUUAGUGGUAGCUAGUGCAAUUUAGUUAGUAAGCCGCCGUCUCCCAAACACAGACUAACAUCAAAUAUCGCAAAUAUAUAUUUCCACCCAAAACGAUCCAAUCUUCCAAACUUCUCUUUUGGCGUUAAUUUUAAACAAUCAAUCAAACAGGUCAUGCAUAUUUAUUUGUAUGUGUAUUGUUUGUACUAUAUUUUACUGUAUUUUUAGUCUACUUUUUUAUAUGAAUAUAUAUUUACAUAUAUUUUUGCAUUCAACAACUAUAAACCUUCAGCAAUUUUCUCGCUUUCAAACAAAAAUGUCCAAACUCGAAACCUGAACGAGGAAUAUAGCUACAUACAUAUAGAGUCAUGCUUUGAUGCCCAAAGAAAAUGAAAGAUAAGAAUGAGAGAAUCGUAAUGCAAGGCAAAACUUCCAUGUGAAAAUGAGAAAAUUGUCUGGAAAUUGUUGGUAAACAUGGUUUCCGUUUAAAUUAGCUAAUUACGAAACACACACUUUACGAUAUAUCAUACGAUACGUUAAACAUAAUUACUAAAUAGUGAAUCACACGCAAUAUUAAUCAAGCAGAUCAUUUAUAUUAUCGUUUAAAACUGACCAACAGAAGAAAAAUAAAAUACACAAUGCAAAAAACA